AUGGCACUAUUGAUUAUACCGAUUACCUGCUUUGGGAGUACUCUUGUUACUUCCCAGCCUUGCCAGACUCCUGAUGACUUUGUGGCUGCCACUUCUCCAGGACAUAUCAUGAUUGGAGGUUUAUUUGCCAUUCAUGAGAAAAUGCUGCCCUCAGAAGACUAUCCCAGACGACCAGAAAUCCAGAAGUGUGUUGGCUUUGAAAUAUCAAUUUUUCUUCAAACUCUUGCCAUGAUUCAUAGCAUUGAGAUGAUCAACAAUUCAACACUAUUAUCCGGAGUCAAACUGGGGUAUGAAAUCUAUGACACCUGUACCGAAGUCACAGUGGCGAUGGCAGCCACUCUGAGGUUUCUCUCUAAGCGCAACUGCUCCAGAGAAAUUGUGGAGUUUAAGUGUGAUUAUUCCAGCUACAUGCCAAGAGUUAAGGCUGUGAUAGGUGCUGGCUACUCAGAAAUAACAAUGGCUGUCUCCAGGAUGCUGAAUUUACAGCUCAUGCCACAGGUGAGUUAUGAAUCAACUGCAGAAAUCCUAAGUGACAAAAUUCGCUUUCCUUCAUUUUUACGGACUGUGCCCAGUGACUUCUAUCAAACUAAAGCAAUGGCCCACCUGAUUCAGAAAUCUGGAUGGAACUGGAUUGGCAUCAUAGCCACAGAUGAUGACUACGGACGACUGGCCCUCAACACUUUUGCAGUUCAGACCGCAGCAAAUAAUGUGUGCAUAGCUUUCAAGGAGGUUCUCCCAGCCUUCCUCUCAGAUGAUACCAUUGAAAUCAGGAUCAAUGAGACCCUUGAGAAAAUCAUCGCAGAAGCCCAGGUUAAUGUCAUUGUGGUAUUUCUGAGGCAAUUCCAUGUUUUCAAUCUCUUCACUAAAGCUAUAGAAAGGAAUAUAAAUAAGAUCUGGAUUGCCAGUGAUAACUGGUCCAUGGCCACCAAGAUCACCACCAUCCCUAAUGUUAAAAGGAUUGGCAAAGUUGUGGGGUUUACCUUUAGAAGAGGGAAUAUGUCUUCUUUCCACUCCUUUCUUCAAAACCUGCAUAUGUUUCCCAGAGAUAAUAACAAGCCCCUAAAUGAAUAUGCCAUGCUCUUGUCUGCCUGUGCACAUGUCAAGGACAGUGAUUUGAGUCAGUGCAUUUCCAGCCACUCUCGGGGGACUUUGGCCUACACGGCUAACAAGGAUAUAGAAAGGAACUUCUCCCUGAGAAAUGAUUUCCUGUGGGAUUACACCGAGCCAGGACCUGUUCACAGUAUCCAGCUCGCAGUUCUUGCCCUUGGUUAUGCCAUUCGGGAUCUCUGCCAAGCUCGAGACUGUCAGAACCCCAACGCCUUUCAACCAUGGGAGUUACUUGAUGUAUUAAAAAAUGUGACAUUCACUGAUGAAGGGAAUUCAUUUCAUUUUGAUGCCCAUGGGGAUAUGAAUACUGGAUAUGAUGUUGUGCUCUGGAAGGAGAUUGGCGGCCACAUGACUAUCACCAAGAUGGCACAAUAUGAUCUGAGGAAUGAUGUCUUCAUCAUCACAGACCAAGAAACAAAAAAUGAGUUCAGAAAUCUUAAGCAAAUUCGAUCUAAAUGCUCCAAGGAAUGCAGUCCUGGGCAAAUGAAAAAAACUACAAGAAGUCAACAUAUCUGCUGCUAUGAAUGUGUGGACUGUCCUGAAAAUCACUACAGUAACCAGACAGAUAUGGAUCACUGCCUCUUAUGCAACAAUGAAACUCACUGGGCCCCUGUCAGGAGCACAAGAUGCUUUGAAAAGGAAGUGGAAUAUCUCAACUGGAAUGAUUCCUUGGCUAUACUGCUCCUGGCCCUCUCCCUACUAGGAAUCAUCCUUGUUCUGGCCAUUGGCAUAAUAUUUACAAGAAACCUGAACACACCCAUUGUGAAAUCAUCUGGGGGAUUGCUGGUCUGCUACGUGAUCCUUCUCUGUCAUCUCCUCAACUUCGCCAGCACAGGCUUCUUCAUUGGAGAACCACAAGACUUCACAUGUAAAACCAGGCAGACUGUAUUUGGCGUGAGCUUCACUCUCUGCAUCUCCUGCAUUUUGAUGAAGUCCCUGAAAAUUCUGCUAGCCUUCAGCUUCGAUCCCAAGUUGCAGAACUUCUUGAAGUGCCUCUAUAAACCGAUCCCCAUCAUCUUCACUUGCACAGGUAUCCAGGUUGUCAUUUGCACAAUCUGGCUAAUCUUUGCAGCACCUGCCGUGGAAGAGAAUGUCUCCUUGCCCAGAGUCAUUAUCCUGGAAUGUGAGGAGGGAUCCGUCCUUGCAUUUGGCACCAUGCUGGGUUAUAUUGCCAUCCUGGCCUUCAUUUGCUUCAUAUUUGCAUUCAAAGGCAGGAAAUUACCUGAGCAUUACAACGAAGCCAAAUUCAUAACAUUUGGCAUGCUCAUUUAUUUCAUAGCUUGGAUCACAUUCAUCCCCAUCUAUGCUACCACAUUUGGUAUAUAUUUGCCAGCUGUGGAGAUUAUUGUUAUUUUAAUUUCUAACUAUGGGAUCCUGUGUUGCACAUUCUUCCCCAAAUGCUAUAUUAUUCUUUGUAAGCAAGAGGCUAACACAAAAUCUGCCUUUCUCAAGAUGAUUUACAGUUACUCUUCCCACACUGCAAGCAGCCUUGCCAUUAGUCAUGUUUCACUGGACUCCACUAACAGCAAUAUCACAACGACCAAUCCCAGCUCUAGUGGCAAGUCUGCAGCCUGGCAGGAAAGCAAGGAUCUUCAGGCACAAGCAUUUGCACACAUAUGCAGAGAAAAUGCGAUAAGUGUACCUAAAAUUUUGCCUCGAAAAAGAAUUUCAAGUAUAUGA